UUCCGCGGUCAGUCAUCAUCGGUCUCAUGGACGUGCGAUUACUCUUUUCGGAUAUGUGAGUGUUCUCGUGCGCAAGGCGAAGAGGAGGAGGUGAGAGAGAGAGAGAGAGAGAGAGAGAGAGAGAGAGAGAGAGAGAGAGAGAGAGAGAGCGAGAAAGGAAGAAAGAAAGAAAGAGAGUGAGUGAGUGAAAGAUCGUUCGAUGGUUGUUCGGCCGUUCGAAGUAACGCGAAAGGAAGGCUCCUCAUAUUUCUGCAUCUGUUCGUCGUAUCUAACUCGUAGCAGUCAAUAGUAGCAGCAACAGCAACGGCAGCAUCAGCAUCAUUAGCAGCAGUGGUAGCAGUAACAGCGACCUUCGUGCCAGCUGAAAAGAGAAAAAUUUGGCUAUGCGCGCUGUGAAGAUUGACUUGAAAUCAGGAUACGCAACGACGAAGGUGACGACGACGACGACGACGACGACGAACAAGACGACGACGAUUCGUCCGUGAUAACGGCAGACAUUGUCGCGAUUUCGAUGCGCGAUGGAGUCCAUAAGAAAGUGGUUUUACAGGCCUAAGAGAGACGAUACCAGUUUAUUGGCUCAGUUCUUUUACGCCGAUGAAUCCCUAAACGCAAUUGCCUGUGAGCUGGAUUCUUUCGAUGGACGUCAGGAGCCAGAAAGAUGUACAACUUUGGUGAAUCAGCUGCGACAUUGCCAGGACAAAGUCCUGACGAUAUGUAAUCAGAUCAUGGAUGAUCUUAUACCAGACAGUAGAGCUAAUCGGGACUUUAGAGUAAAGUUUCCGGACGACGUGAUGCAGGAAAAUUUAGCAGGACAACUGUGGUUCGGUGCUGAAUGUUUGGCUGCUGGAUCGUCGAUCAUGAACAGAGAGUCCGAAAGUUCUGCUAUGAGGCCGUUAGCAACGGCACUCACGAAAUCAUUAGAGAUUGUGAGAAAUUUGCUGAGAGAGCAUGCGUUGAAGGGCCACAUGAAUUUAAAGUAUCUUUCUCAGACUCAAAAUCCUUUGGAGCCAUCUUUAGAGAAGCUGAUAGAAUCGUUAAAGAUUUUCGAUCGGCUCUUCGCUGACUUUGAGCUUUGUUACGUUGGCGCCAUGGUACCGGUCAAAUCCACGAAGGAAUACGAGCAGCAGGAGCUCGUUUGCGUUUUAUUUUCCGAGACUUUGCAAAGAGCCCUCGAACGAGGUUUGCUGAGUCAAGCAGACGUGGAUAAUUACGAACCUGCUUUGAUGUUCACUAUACCACGUUUGGCCAUUGUAUCCGGCUUGUUGGCCCCACCUGGAGGUCCCUUGUGCCUGAAUUCUCCUGAUACUAUCAGCGAAAUGUUCAGGCCAUUCAGGACUCUUCUCUUGAAGAUAAGAGAACUACUUUGGACUCUGAACAAUCGUGAACUUUAUAUGCUGGAGAAGUUAUUGUGCUCGAACGAAGAACCCUCGGGUCCUAUCAGCCAGUCGACAAAAUCCACGUGUCAGGACUUACCCGAUCUCGAGGAAUUCGUUCACAAUUUUUAUACCGGUUAUCCUAAUUGUAAAGACUUCAUUGUAGAUUUCUAUACGGUAACGAGAAACACAGGGAAUAAUAUGGAUGAGGUGGCGAACGACGUGGUUCAAGCGUUGGACAAUGAAAAUAAAGAAAGAUUGGCGGAAAGGAGAUCGAAGAAGGAUCGUGAGAGGGAUCGUAGAGAGACGAGAUAUAACGAGGAAAAUGGGCCCAAGGACUUAAAUAACAUAUCCACGGAAGGAUAUGAUAACGUUGUAGUUCGUAACGAUAAUAAUGUGAAGGUACAGGAUAAUAGUGAGAGAGAAAGUGUUCGAGAAGAUGUGCGUUGUGACAUAGUACAAAGUAAUAGUUCGAAAGAGAAAAAGCAACAGGCAUGUAAUCGCGAUUCUUGUCCCGUAAAGCAGGUAUCGAGCGAGAACGGUAAUAAAGGAGAAAUUGAGAAUGUCAGGGAGGAAGGUAUAGUAGUAGUAGCAGCAGUCGAGGACGGUAUUUUUAGUACCGUGGAAAGUUCGGGCGAGAUCAAUAGGCAGGAGGAAAACUUCCUCACUCCUGACAUUUCUCAAAUGCUCGCUGACUCGGAAAACGUAGAGAUUCUUCAAAGUCAGUACCUACUCAAUCAGGUAUCUCACGAGAACAAUGUAACGGGUGAAACCGUGCAUAUUCAAAAUUCUCUGCCGGAUUUGGACUCGAAGAAACUCAUUUCCGAGGCAAACAAGACUCUCUCGAAUCUUUUGUUGGACGGUGAAUGUCAGAAUGAAAUCUCCGAGCAAACAGAUUCGGGAAUAUGUACGGUCAUAUCCUCGGAGAACACGAGCUUGUACGAUAAAAGUCCCGAGGAGAAGAAGACUUUCGCUAAUGAGAUUCAGGACGACGAGCGUGCUUUAGAAGAUGACACGCAGGAGAAUAACAGCUAUUCCUGUUCUAACGUAAACUCACCAAGGAGAAAGAAUUCGAACAUGUCUGAAAGUUCUUGCGUCUGUGGUAUAAGAGCUUCGAAAACUAUCACGUCUUUGGAUCAUCCGAUAGACGUGACACCUUUGACUUCAGGAAACAACGAUUCUAAUAAAAACAUUCCAAGGAUUUCCUCAAAUUUCGAUGGCACCAACGAGGAGUUCGUUGGUUUGGCUUAUGGUAACGGGCACCUGCCGCUCUGCGACUCCAAUCAGACCAGCUUUCAAUUGAAUUAUUCAGAAAAUUGGGAAAAUCUCAAUUUGAAUAUAGACGCGUCGACCUCGAGGAAGGAAUUUUGGAGCGAUCUAAAGUGCGAGAAUUGUCCGUCAACGUCACAGAAUAUCGACAAAAUGGGAAAUAAGAUAGAGAGAUACGCGCAGGAGAAGGUCAUCGCUAGGAAGGUCCGAGAUGACAAGCAAAGACGACGUAAUCAACGGAAGCACGACAAAGGCCUUCACAAAUGUCAACAGGUUACAAGAAGUAAUCAUUGCGUUCAGUCGACCCCGAGCACUGAAAGUUCAAGGUCAAACUCGAUAGACAGGUGUUUGAAUCCACGAUUGACCAACUUUGGUGCGAGCUUGCAUCCGAGCCAAAACACAAGACAGAUGCCAAAUUUUGGUAGUCACAGUCCGCACGCGAGUCCAAGGCUACAACAUUUCGAGUCACGUGACAGCUCGAGACAACGAAAUUAUAAUUUAUCGAAGUCGACGAGAAAUUGUUCGCCACAGAGUAGAAAGCUUUUGGAUCACAGAAGAUCUAGGUCCGAGCAGAUAGCUCGUAUGAAGCGAAAGGACUUUGAGAAACGUGACAGGUAUGAAAGACUGAGUUAUCGAUCCGAACAAACCAAGAGGAAACUUGGAAAUAGGAGUCCUAACGACCUGUUGAACGACGGUUUAGGGCCUAGAACGGACAAGAGCGGUCUGGUAACGGAAACAAUAUCUCCCGUUACGUCACCAAAUACAUGUUAUAGGCUCGAAAAUACAAGAGACAAUAAUUUACAAAGGCCUCCACGUACCGCGAGAUUGGUGAAUCCUUCAACGGUCACCGGAACGCAAUCUUUCAAUUCGGAACAGACGCAGAAAACAGAGGCCGUUGGUUCGAGUUCCAGUUGUUCGAGUUAUUGCGAUUCCAGUUCAGAAACUAGCGAAUUUCAAAGCGAUUGUCAGGAUGACGAGGAGAUAGCCUUAGCGAUGCAAGCUGCGGAGAUUGCGAAUAGAAAUCAGAUUAGAGCGAAAUUUAGGUCCUCGGAAGAUCUUGUUCAUCGAUUGUUCGUCUGUAUAGCCGGCGUAGCCGAUCAACUCCAAACAAAUUUUGCUUCGGACCUUCGGAAUAUCCUGAAGUGCGUCUUUCUUAUGAAUAGUAGUCAAACUGUAGAGGACGAAGAGCCAAAGCAAGAAUGUUUGGUAUCCAGCCAAGCAGUCGUUACGAAUCACACGUUAGGCACGAGUAGCAAUCACGAUCGGCAAAACUCGUUGCAGGAGUACGAAGACGAAGAGGAUAAUGGUCCUGCAAACGAACAAACUUCCACGGCAAUGGAACGCGGUGAGGAAUGCGUCGAAAGAGCACCUGCGUGGGUGCCAGACAACGAUGCACCUAGGUGCAUGGCUUGUCAAGCAGGAUUUACUGUUGUACGCCGUAGACAUCAUUGUAGAAACUGUGGUAAAGUGUUUUGCGGUCGUUGUAGCAGCAACAAUGUUCCUUUACCGCGUUACGGCCAUACCAAGCCUGUCAGAGUCUGCAAUAGAUGUUUCCUUUACCAGGUGACGCCGUUUACCGUUUCUCAAGUCACACCCACCAGUUGAAUAGAUAACAUCUUUAAUGAUUAUCGAAUUUAAUUACGGAUCGUAUAAUAAAUUUUACGCUUCUCUUAUAGGACACGACAAACGUAUUUCAAAACGACAAAUAUCGCUUCGUCUUUUGUUCUUUUUAUUUUCAAGUUUUCUGGGGAACAGUUUACACACAUAUAUAUACACUUUUUUUCUUUGUUUGUUUCUUUCUUUCUUUCUUUCUUCUUUCUUUUUUUUUUCUUUUUUCUUUUUAUUUUUUUUUUUUUUUUUUACUUUCGAUGACGUGUUACUUGAACGUUCAUGUCAAGCGUGUCAAUGAGUCUGGUAAUUUCUGGUGUCUCCGAUCUUUAUCGACGAUUUUAAGAAUAACAUUCUAUUAAAAAGAUUUGCUUCUACGCAAAUGUCGAUCGAUCGAAGUCGAAGAACUGAUAGUUAUUACCAGAUAUGCUAUUAACGUAUAUAUGCUCAAAUCGUACAGUCGAUAAUGGCGCAAAUUCCAUUAAUACCUCUCAUUAAUAAUAGUAAGAAUAUGUAAUAAUAAUCGCCUUUAUAUCUUUCAAUCGACCUGCCGUAAUAACUUCUAUGACCCAGAGCCGCAAAUAGAAGCGUUUCAGUGUAAUCUCAGUUGCACGUAAAAAUGAUAGUCUUAUAUUUGCGUAUAAUUUUGAUUAAAAAAUAAUAAAAAAAAAAAAAAAAAAAA